CUGGCCAUUCUUUAAAUCGUAACGUCGGUCAUGGUACACCACUAGGAAGUCACGUGACCAGCUUGCGUUUGAGAGCGCAUUCACAGCUGCUUGUAAAUAGAGGCUGUAAAUAUAACUAUAGUGAAUAAAGAUGAGUUUGGGAGCGCGCGCCACCAAGGGUGGUGCGAGGGCGGGCAAGGACGGGAAGCACGCACAGGACAAAGGCAAGCCCACAGACAAGCCCCAGCCCAAGGAGAAGGUCAAGUUACAGGCCACCACAGAACAAAUUCGCAUGGCAAAUAUGAUCGAUUGCAAAAGCGAAGAUUCAACUGAUGUUCGCAGAAUGGUGACCGUCCUGAUGGAGAUGACGUGCCGCACAGAGGAGGAGGUGUGCUCCGCGCUGCACGACUCCGACAACGACAUGUUUGUUGCCUGCAACUUGUUGCUGGAGGAGAGCGAGCGGAUACAGGGCGAGUGGCAGACUAACGAGAAGAAAAAGAAGAAGCCCCCCGCCGCGGCGGGUAACGGCGAGGUGGAGCCUCCUCGAGACGGCCGGGAGCGCGACGCACGCAGCAGAUCCGGACCCAGACCACGUCGUGGCGAGGGUGUGGGUGAUGGUGGUCGCGGUGCAGGACGUGGCGGGGGCGCGGCGCGCGGGCGGGGCGGAGGUCGCGGGGGUCGCGGUGCGGGGCGGGGCGGCCGGCGAGGUGGUACUCGCGGCCGUCCCUCACGCGACACGCACUGGAACGACAACAACGAUGCUGGUGGCAACAUUGGUGACUCUUUCCCUGCCACAGAGGACUGGGACAAUGAGGAGUGGUCCGGCUCACUCUCAGACACCAAGGUGUUCACUCCGAGUGUGAAUGCACAGAACUUGGUCCCUGAGCACGACAACGCCUCGCAGAAUGCUACGGAGGAGUGGGAGUGCCCUCCGGAGAGCAACGGGCCGACGGACCCCCACAUCACCUCCUAUACGUACCACAACACUGCGCAGGCGCACCACCACCAGUCCAUGCUCGAGCAGCAGCAACAACAACAGCAACAGCAGCAGCAGCAACAGGUGCUUAGCGCGCCCAAGCCGGAGCCCGCAGCGGCGCCCGCGCCUGCAGACCCACAUCUGGCACAUCACCAUCAGCAGCCGAUGGGCAUGUCUGGCAGUCUGAGCGCAGCGCAGUCGCAGUACCUCUCCCAGCUCACCCAGCAGUCGCAGCGGCAUGACAAUAGUGUAUACACCAGCAACUAUGGCGUGUACGGCUCCGCGGACAUCACCAGCCAGCGCAAGACGCAGCGCGCUAGGGUUCCGCCGCCAUCCAAGAUACCUUCAUCUGCGGUGGAAAUGCCGGGCGGCGGUGAAUCGAGCGGCGCAAUGUUCCUCGACGUUCAAUUCGGUGCCCUGGAGCCGGACACGCUGCACGACACCGCGCCCGCGCAGCCCCAGCACCAGGUGCCCUCGCAGCACCAGGUGCCGACCCAGCACCAAGUACAACAGCACCAGAGCCAGCACCAAGUGCAGUCACAACACCAGGUGCCGUCCCAGCACCAGGUGCAAUCGCCGCAUCAAGUGCAAUCUCAGCAUCAAGUGUCGUCACAGCAUCAAGUGCAGUCGCCGCACCAGGUUCAAUCUCAGCACCAGGUUCAGUCGCAACACCAAGUGCAGUCGCAACACCAGGUGCAAUCAACGCACCAGGUGCAAUCACAGCACCAAGUGCAGUCUCAGCACCAAGUACAGGCUCAACACCAGGCUCAGCAUGUUCCUCAGACUCAUUCCCAACCUCCUAAGCAGGUGCCGUCAGUGGCGGAGUCCCAGCCGGUAGCUACUAGUCAUGAGAACGCAGUUGAUGUUUCCAGCAGUAACUACCACACCAGCAGCACAAUGCUAAGUGACAGCUUAUCAGCAGUAGACACGACGGCGACAAGUCAGCCUGUCACCUCAGAGCCUGCAGUCACCAACGCCACAUCACUAGAGAAGCAGCUGUCAGCGUCGAUGAAGCAGAUGUCAGUGUCGGGCGUGUCGGGGGCGGGUGCGGGUGCGGGCGGGGAGGCGGCCGCCAGCGCCGCGCCUGCGCCUGCGCUGCAUGCCCCCCAGCACUACGCGCACCACAGGCCAAAGACAGUGGGCCAACAGAAUAUGUACCCACACCACGCGGUGUCGCACCAUCCACCCGUGUACGGAGCCAAUGUGUACGCGCCACAGGUAAACUCAUCGAAUGCAGCGUCACUAACGGGCGCGUCUGCGAUGACGGCAGCUGCCUACCCCUCCAGUGUCACUCUGACGCAGUACCAGCCCAUCAUGAACUCAUACCAGACGUCAUCAUCAGCGGGCGCUUACGGCGGCAGCGCGUUGUACACGGCAUCUCCCUACACCGCGUACCAGCCCUCACCGCAACCUAAACCACAGCCUAAAGAACAACAACAGUAUGACAGUUCAGUGGCGUCAAGCAACAGUCUAACGAGCACGUCAACCACGCAGACGUCGACUGCCAAAGUUACCACCACAACAGUGAGUGGAGGUAACGCGGUGAGCAACGCGAGCGCGGCAGGACUGGGCGCGGCGGCGGGCGCGGGCGCAGGUGCGGGCGCGGGCGCGGCGGUGUACGCGGGCGGCGCACUCUACGGCGCUGCGGGAGCUCCCACUGCAUACGCAUACGAUGACCAGCUGAUGCGCGGCGCGUUGCCGCAUCAUAUGGGUGGAUACUACGAGACUGGAUAUGUAGCGCGCGAGGGCACCUUCGGUCUGGGUGGCGGAGAGAGGUUCGGCAGGACGGACGCCGCCUCACCACAACAGGUGCCAGCCGCGUUACCGCCCGGCUACGCCUAUAUCUACCAAGCACCUCCUACCACGUACCAAUAUGGAGUCUACCCCACGUACGGCGGCAACUCUAGCGUGGGCGGUGUAGGCGGUGUGGGGGGCGUGGGCGGAGUGGGCGUGUCCGGCGGCGGCAAGGUGUCCGCCUACUCGCAGCAGCAGCAGCCUCCCUACGACGCACAGGACUCAUACAAACCUGGCGGAGCGUACUCAGGCAGCUCGGGCAAGGCGGGAGGUGGCGGCGCUGACCUCGGCAACGUUAUGUACAACAAGACCCACGUCGCGCUCAACAAGGUCAAUAGCUACGAGAAGGCGGCAUUCCAUAGCGGCACACCACCGCCCUUCGGCGCCGGCAGCCAUCUGUACAUCCCCGCCCCGCCGCACCACCACCCCCACCACCACGCGCCGCAGCAGCACCAGAUGGAUGUUCGGGUGAACAAUAGGCGGCAGGAGAGCGGCGCCGGGGGCGGACGCAGCGCGGCCUCCAAGCCGGCCUCCAGCAAGCCCAACUACUCGCAGUCCUACUGGGCGCCCAAUUAGCCCACCACGGCGCACUACCUCCAAGUCGUCAGACACCUGUACAUAGAGCAGGACGCGCCCCCCCUCGCGCAGCCCCGCACAACCCC